GAAAUGUUUCCAAAUAAACACAGCUUGAUUCUCGCUGGGUGGGCGACUUAUCAAGAGCUAAUUCUGUAAACAGCAGCGCUCAUUGGCCACGGAGCGGAAUGAAAGUGUAAUGGAUGUGGGUGGGCUGAGAACACAGCUGUUUAUGAUGGACCAUUUAUUUCCCGGCGUUAAGUCAACAACACAAGCUUACAACAAUUAUUAAGAUCCUUCGCGCACUCAGAGCGAGGAGAGCCAUGGCGCUAUUCCGCGGGCCCUCUGCGCUAGCGCUUCCAGGGUCCCCGCUGCUGUGCUUGUAUGGCACGGGAGACGCUCUCAGCCUCGUGGCCGCGCACCGAGAGCCCCCUCAGAAGCCCCCAUUCAGCUACAUUGCUCUGAUUGCCAUGGCCAUCAAGAGCGCGCCUCAACAGCGCGCCACGCUCAGCAGCAUCUACCAGUUCAUCAUGGAGCGUUUCCCUUUCUACCACGACAACAAACAGGGCUGGCAAAACUCCAUCCGCCAUAACCUCAGCCUGAAUGACUGCUUCAUCAAAGUCCCGCGGGAGAAAGGUCGGCCUGGCAAAGGGAGCUACUGGACCCUGGACGCGUCCUGUACAGACAUGUUUGAGCACGGCAACUACCGUCGACGUAAAAGGAAAGCCAGGAACGGUGCGCACAAACCUGCGCAUAGACUCAAAUGCCCCACCGCUCAGGGGCAAAGGGCCCCCGACGAGCCGCGCACAGACAGGUCACAGGCAACGCAUCGGGACGUCCCAUGUACGGAUAAGUCCAAGUGCUUCAGCAUUGAGAGCAUCCUCAAGAAAGAUGCACCUGUGCGAAACCGCGUGUCGGGGGAAGCAGACGCGUGCACGCUCCGGUCAACGGUAUUCCUCGGGUCCCGACAGUCCAUGUGCCAAGUGGGAUUCCCUCUCUGCUCUUACCUGCCGCUGACCUUUCAGGAAUCCGCACAGCGACGCUGACUCUGAUCCGUGUGUGCUCAACGGGAAACAGUGUAAUGAUUGAUUGAUGUUUAAGAUUGUUGAAGCAAAACAAUAUAGGCCAGUUUAAAUGUGAGUCUGGCAAUUAGUCUCGCUGUUCUUAUAGAAUUUCAAAAAUAAAAAUUAUGUUUUUUAAUUAAAUAUAUAGUGCAAUGAUAUAAUGUUAAGCGGUUAGAAUGUGUAUGUAAAAAUGGCCCAUAGACAACUAUCCACUCAAAUAUAUUCUUAUACUAAAUGAACAUUUUGUUAGAUAUAAAAUGCAAUUGUGCAGUGACAGAAAAUAGCAUAAUUACAGACUGCAUGUCUAACAAGACCAGUGUGGGCAAACAUUUUAUUUCAAAGCCAACUUCAACUAUGUGUGAAGGUCUUUAGAGACCCCUUGUGGUCUAAUCACAAACUGUUAUUGCAGUUUACCAUGUAUUUUUCAGGCGUUAGUUUUUAUA